AAACUAGUCUCACUUUUCUCAGUUGAACCUUUCUUCAUUCUUCUCAGUGGAACCUCUCUUUUCUCCCUCACAGAUAUCCCUCUCAAUCGAACCUCCUCUGCCACGCACUCGCUGCUGAACCUUCUCACCGCCAUCACUCGCUCCCUCUGUCACUGUUUCCAUCACUCUCUCCCCCACAAAGGUUUCAGAAUUUGUUCUAUCAUUUGGUACACAAGAGAAGAGCUUCCAUGGAGAACGGAGAUAUACCUGAGGAUGCCAACGAGCAUUGCCCAGGUCCUCAGUCUGAUUCUGCUGGAAAAUCUGAUGCAUGUGAAGGUUGCCCAAAUCAGCAAAUUUGUGCCACUGCCCCUAAAGGACCUGACCCUGAUAUGGUUGCCAUUGCUGAAAGAAUGGCCACUGUGAAACAUAAGAUACUGGUCUUGUCAGGAAAGGGAGGUGUUGGCAAGAGCACAUUUUCUGCCCAGCUGGCAUUUGCGUUAGCUGCAAGGGAUUUUCAAGUUGGUCUUCUGGACAUUGAUAUUUGUGGUCCAAGCAUCCCAAAGAUGCUUGGCCUAGAAGGUCAAGAGAUACACCAGAGCAACCUUGGUUGGUCUCCUGUCUAUGUUGAGUCUAAUCUUGGGGUCAUGUCAAUUGGGUUCAUGCUUCCUCAUCCAGACGAAGCUGUUAUAUGGAGAGGUCCACGCAAAAAUGGGCUUAUCAAGCAGUUUUUAAAAGAUGUUUAUUGGGGUGAACUUGAUUUUCUAAUUGUUGAUGCUCCGCCUGGAACCUCAGAUGAACAUAUUUCAAUUGUUCAAUGCCUAGAUGCUGCUAAUGUAGACGGUGCAAUCAUAGUUACCACUCCUCAACAAGUCUCUCUUAUUGAUGUGAAAAAAGAAGUGAAUUUUUGCAAGAAAGUCGGAGUGAAAGUUCUUGGGGUUGUGGAGAAUAUGAGUGGCCUCUCCCAGCCCAUCUCAAAUCUCAAGUUUAUGAAGAUUACAGAUAAUGGUGAGAUGAAAGAUGUUACGGAGUGGAUAUCAGAAUACAUGAAAGAAAAAGCGCCUGAAAUGCUGAAUUUGAUCGCCUGCAGUGAAGUAUUUGAUAGUAGCCGUGGUGGAGCGUUGAAGAUGUGUAACGAGAUGGCGGUACCCUUUCUCGGUAAGGUUCCUUUAGAUCCACAGCUUUGCAAGGCAGCUGAAGAAGGUAGAUCGUGUUUUGCAGAUAAGGAUUGUGUCGUGAGUGCUCCAGCUUUACAAAAGAUAAUAGAUAAGCUGAUGGAAACUAGUGGGCUGUCAAUGACGGCAAGUAAUGGAGUGUAGCAGAUUUAGUUCAUGUUCAUGUUUGUAAAUUGAAACCUAAUUGAUAGAAAACCAAUUUUGUGUUUCUUACAAAUUUAUCAUUGAAGAUGAUCUAAAAAGAUCUGUUAUUUGAGUUUACAAAGCUAAGAUCUUACUAUAAGGUAGUACUUUCAUAGACAAGUUGGAUUGAAACUAUAAGAUAAAAUUCAUGCAUAUUAUA